ACCGUCUAGAGACUGAAGCAGGCGGAGAUGGCUGGCUUCUAGGUAAACAGUUUUUAUGUUCUUUCUCGUUUCUUGCUUUUAAAAUGCAUGACCUAAAACAUAUAUAUCUUCAUUAGGUGACAGAGGUUAUCCUCUGAAGUCAUGGCUUCUCACCCCCGUGGCGCACCCACAGACACCUGAGGAAGCCCGCUUCAAUACUGCCCAUGCCCGUGCACGGUCGGUAGUGGAACGCACUAUCGGCAUGCUAAAGGGAAGGUGGCGGAGUUUGGAUGCGUCGGGAGGGAAACUUCUAUACGAGCCCAGCAAGGUGUGCCAGAUCAUCUUGGCCUGUUGUGUUCUACACAACAUAUCUCAGAGCCAUGGCAUUGAGAUGCGAGAGGAGGAGAUGCGCAUGGACCCUGGUGAUCACCCUCCCCUACCUGCAGAAUGGGACACCCAUGCCACUGCUCUAAGGAGAAGACGACAGUUGAUUCACCUUCUAACUCAACAGGACGGCCUCGGUUAGUACCCAUUUAGAGUGGCCCGAAGAGGAAGGCCGGGGAGAUCUUGGAGCACGCUCUGCUGCUGUGUCUGCUGCUGCUGCUAAUGGUGUUUGGGAGAGGUGUCUCCCAUGGC